UUCCUUAAGUUGUCAACCAAACUAAUCAAACAUGCACCAAAAACACUUGACUCAAACUCAAAUUAUAAUUGAAAUUACAAAAUUCAAUUUAGACCCAAAUGAAAGUUGACCUAAUCUAAUCCAAAUAAUUAAAUUAUAUAAAACUUGACUCGAAAACUAAUCACAAUCCAUAGCAAAGAACAAAAAGAAAAACGAAUUACCCGAAACUCAAAUCAAAUUUUCCCAAUUCAAACGACCUAUUCACCACUCUUCCACUCAAUUUGAAUACGGGUACAAGUAGUGGUACAACUGCAGCUGGUGAUUAUUCUGAUUAAGACGUGUUAACAGUAAUUCAGAUGAUAUAAUUAAUACCCACAAAGUUUAAUCUAUAAACAAAAGCCGCCCUUUUUCAUGCACGACCCAUUGAUUAUAAGAUAAGGUUUUUAUUUGAUUUCUUUGAACCCCAGAAGUUAAAAAAAAAAAAAAAAUGGAGGAAAAACUAUCAUCAUUUGCAAAAUCAUCAACACCUUCACCAAUUCAACAACUUUCUCAUCUUGCUCAACGUUGCAAUGCCAUUAAUCUUGCUGAAGGUUUCCCUGAUUUUCCUGCUCCUUCCCAUAUCAAAAAUGCUGCUGUUUCUGCCAUUAAUUCUGACUUUAAUCAAUACAGACAUGUGCAGGAAAUAUGUGAUUAUGUAGCAAAGAAUAUGAAAGACAUGCACGGUAUGGAUAUUGACCCUGCAACAGAUAUAGUGAUUUGUUGUGGUCAAACUGAGGCGUUUGCUGCAGCAAUGUUUGCCUUAAUUGAUCGAGGUGAUGAAGUUAUCGUGCUUGACCCGUCAUAUGAGACAUAUGAAUCUUGCAUUAGUAUGGCUGGAGGAGUCCCAGUAUUUGUGCCCUUAGACCCUCCUUAUUGGACUCUGGACCCAGAAAAACUCAUGAAGGCUUGUACUUCCAAGACAAAAGCUAUAGUAUUGAACAGCCCUCAUAAUCCUACAGGGAAAGUGUUUGGAGUAGACGAGCUGGACAUAAUUGCUGAAGCUUGCCAAAAAUGGGACUGCCUAGCUGUUACAGAUGAAGUGUAUGAAUACAUAACUUAUGAUAAUGAAAGGCACAUAUCCCUCGCUUCUCUUCCAGGAAUGCAAGAGCGGACCAUCAUCACUUCUUCUUUGUCUAAAACUUAUUGUGUGACAGGUUGGAGGAUCGGAUGGGCCAUUGCCCCUGCAUGUAUAGCUGAUGCUAUAAGAAACAUACAUAUAAGACUAACAGAUUCUGCUCCUGCACCUUUCCAAGAAGCUGCCUUGGUAGCUUUGCAGAGCCCCCCAGAAUAUUACGAGUCACUUAGAACAGAUUUUGAAUCCAGAAGGGACUUCAUAGCAGAAUUACUCAGUGGGAUUGGUUUUCAGACUGAGUUUAAGCCUCAGGGUUCAUUUUUCAUGUUCACAGAGCUUCCCAAGGAUUACAGUAACUGUGACAUAGAUUUUGUUGAAGAACUGAUAAAACAGGCAGGCGUAGUUGCAGUUCCAGGAUGUGGAUUUUUCCAUACAAAGCGUCCACCUGAUGGUUAUCAAAGAAGGUACAUCAGAUUUGCUUUCUGCAAAAGCAGUCAGACACUAAUUGCUGCUCUCCGUAGGAUAAGUGCACUUCUAAACUCGUCUGGUCAUCUCAAGCUCUUUCACUCUGAAAAUGACCCAGAGACAGUUUUGUAAUCUGUUGUUGAAAUUCAUCAAUUAUGCUGUUCUUUAUUAGCAACAUAGAGGCAUCACAUUAAAAUGGUAAUUCAAUUCUUUCACUUAUUUUUGUUCUAGAUGAAAGCUCGUGUAUUUUAUGGAUUUUUACUAUAUAAAUCUCAAGAAAAGAUGUUUUUCUUAGUUAGAUAGACUCUAAUAUUUUAUUUUAAUUAUUUGAUUUAUUUCUUUUUUCUGAAAGGAAAUUAUUUGAUAUAUUUCACCAUUUAAUA